UCCCCCACACUUGCCGUAUUUGGAGUUCUGCUUCUGGGUCCUGCCUGGAGGUGUUAGCUGACAGUUAUCUAAGUUUGUUAACACAAUUAUUUUCUUUACAUGUGAUAUAUACAUAUAUUCCUAGAAGGUUUUUGAGGACGCAACCACAAUCUGAGCUAACAGUGUACUCGUAUCAUAUAACAGUCUAGAGUCAUAAAUGUCACUGAAAAGGAUAGUUAUAUUAGUGAUAUAAAAAAAUCCCUAAAUGUCUUCCACAUCUGCCAAAACUCAGUGAUGGAGUGUUUGAGUCGGUGUUUAUGAAUUCUGAGAAGCAUCACGCUGUGGCAGGAGUGGAGAACAGACGGAAUCCAGGGAGCAGGAGACCACAGCCAGGGCAAGACAGCUGUGGACUAGAGCAAAUGGGCUCGGUCUUGGGGCCCGUUCUGCUGUGGCUCCAGGAUGUGGCAGCUGUGACCCUGCUGAGGGCUCGCAGAACGCUACUGCGGGCUGCCAUUCUGUGCUGUGUACUGGUGCUGCUUCUCUGGGUCUCAAUCUUUCUCUAUGGCAGCUUCUACUAUUCCUACAUGCCCACUGUUAGCUUCUCCACACCAGUCAACUACCACUACAGAACAGACUGUGAAUCACUCAAUUCAGGUCUUUGUUCAUUCCCCAUGGCCAACAUCUCUCUCCUAAAGAAUGGCAAAGAGCAGGUGAUGAUGUAUGGUCAGCCAUACCGGGUAUCUCUUGAAUUGGAGAUGCCGGAAUCUCCAGUUAAUGAGCAGCUUGGCAUGUUCAUGGUCAGAAUGUCUUGCUACACCAAGAAUGGGAUAACCGUGUCCACUGUGACUCGCUCUGCCAUGCUGCACUAUCGCUCCAGCCUUCUGCAGACGCUGAACACCCUGGUGUUCUCCCCGCUGCUGCUCACUGGGCUGUCAGAGCAGAAGCAACUCAUAGAUGUGGAGCUUUUUUCAGACUACAAGUCUGACUCUUACCAGCCUACCAUUGGGGCAGUGAUAGAAAUUCAGUCUCGACAAGUGCAGAUCUACUCAGCCCAGCUUAGAAUCCAUGCCUACUUCACUGGUAUCAGAUACCUCUUGUAUAACUUCCCUCUGACAUCAGCAGUGAUUGGAGUUGCCAGUAACUUCACCUUCCUCAGUGUUAUUGUGCUCUUUAGUUACCUGCAGUUCAUCUGGGGGGGACUGUGGCCCCCGGAGCAGGUCCGAGUCCAGGUGAUGAUGGGAGAUGCAACACGUCUUCAGCAGAGAAGAGAGGAGACUCGCAGACGCAUGCACACAUCAGCCAGCACACCCAUCAUGAAGUACAAGAGGGAAAAAGAGGACAUUGCAGAACUACCACAACAGCCCCUGAAGUUCACAAUUCUUCGAAACAUAUGUCAGCUAGACACGAUCAACCUAGUUGGUUCGGUAGGCGAACACAGGCAGGAUAAUGAGAGUACCACUCUAGAAAGCACAGAUGAGGGCCCUGUCUUUGUGGAGGCUCCGCACAUAGCAGAGACCAAUGUGAGCGAAGAGGACCCUGACCGCCAGGAGGGGGCGGCAGAGCUGAAGGGAACAGUCCAGGAGGAGGGUGCAUCCCAGCCCCAGCCUUCUUCUACAGAUGCCAAGCUGAGACAAAGACACAGACCCUGGCUACCCUUCUGAGCUUGCACAUGCGUGCGCACUC